AUGGCACCCACGGGCUGGCUUGACGUUCACACACAUUUCUUUCCGCCUAUGACAGAUGAGCAAGCUGAAGAGAUUGCCCACAAUUUGCGGAAGGGAAACUUUAUGGUCUCGGCACCCUCGCUACAUUGGACAGCAGAGAAAGUCAUCGAGUAUAACAACAGUGCUGGAGUGCAAAUGUCCUUGCUUAGUUACAUUCCGACGCAGCACGAAAAGCUCCGAGCAGCAAACGACCUGGGUCAUGAAAUUGUAAAGAAAUAUCCCGAUCGUUUUGGACAGCUGCUUUCUCUUCCUACCGAUGACGCGGAUGCUUGCCUCGAAGAGAUCGGGAAGGCUUCACAUUGGGACGUAAGACCUGAUGGCUACUCCACAAGCACCGUGUACAACGGGGUACCUCUCAGCGAUCCGAGGCUUGACAAGGUCUGGGAGCUUCUUGAUCAGGAGAAGGCUGUGGUACACGUCCAUCCGAAUGCAUAUGCGCCUGGGACACAUGGUAGACCCAGUCCACUCAUCGAAGUAGCAUUCGACACGGCGAGGAUUGCCACCGACAUGCUCUACAAGGGCGUCUUUCGACGGUUUGCAAAUAUCAACUUCAUCUUUGGUCAUUGCGGAGGGGCGCUUCCUGCUCUUUCUGGGCGGAUCAAUCUUCUGGGCACGGAAUCAUGGGUGCCGAACCCACUAAACCUGACUCGUGAUGAGAUUGAGGAGCAGCUAUCCAGUCUAUAUGUCGACACAGCCGCAACCGCGAAGACAGGCUUGGCUCCUGCAGCCAACAUGGUUGGAGUCAGCCAUUGCGUGUACGGCUCGGACUGCGGUGUGCCUUGUUCAACUUCCAACACGAUGAAUGAGAAUAAGGCGGAUGUUGAGGCUUUUGAGAGGAAACAUGGUCUUGAACCAGGCACUAUUGCGAAUAACACCUGGAACCUCUUUCCAGCGGCAGCAAAGCGAGCCGAGCGAGACGAUCACCUUGCUGACAGGAUUCCAUGA